GUCAUCAGGGAAAGUUGUGGUCGUUCCUCCGCGGUCGGUUUUCCGACACGCACGCACUCGCAUUCGCACGUUGCCGCGUUUCCGAGCUGGUUCCACGUCCAAGGCUGCCGUGGGAAUGACAGCAGAAUCAAUAUUGUUCAGAUGGCUCCUGCUCCUCCUCGCGCUGACAGAAGCCCUCGGCGAUGGGUCGUCCUCGAAGGCCCUCGGGAGGCUGGUGUCGUCCCCCCUCAAGACGCAGCGGUUCAUCAGCGUCUCCGAGUCGCACUACGACCACGACCACCACACGCACCACCACCACGAAGCCGCACCGGAGCCUCACUUCGCUCCGGCCAACACCAGCUGCGAGGUGUACCUUGGGCAGACGGCGGAGCUCGAUUGCACGGUGCACGAUCUCACCAAUGAGUCAGUCUCGUGGAUGAGGCGCGUCGAAGAUGUCCUCGAACUGCUGACGUGGGACAAUCACACCUACGUUAAUGAUGACAGGUACCAGCUGGUGCACGAGACGGGCGACAGGUGGCAGCGAUGGCAGCUGGCGAUCAGUGCCACCAGCCGGGAGGACGGCGGCCACUACCGCUGCAAGGUGGCCACCAGCCCCCCCCUCACCCUGGACGUCACGCUAAAUAUCAUCGAGCCUCACGCCCGCGUGGUGGACGAGCGCGGGACGAAGGUGCUGGAGAAGCACUACAACAGCGGCAGCAUGAUCGAGCUCAAGUGCGUGAUCGAGAGGGUGCCCUUCCCCCCCGCCGCCGUCGCCUGGCGGAGGGACGCCACGCUGCUCUCCUUCAACACCUCCAGAGGCGGCAUCAGCCUGAAGAGCGACGAGGCUGCAGGUUACUUGUCCAGCAGGCUGUACGUGGCCAACGCGACCCCCGGCGACUCGGGCCGCUACACCUGCUGGUACGGCAACUACACCAGCGACACCGUCACCGUCCACGUCAUACCAGGCGAGAACUCCCAGGCGAUGCAGCACGACACCCUGCCUGGCGCUGCGGACGCUGCGGACGGGGCGAGCGCCGGGGGCAGCGGCUGCCGAGGCCUGGCCUGGGGGCUGCUCCUGGGCGCCCUCGCCGCGGCCUGCUUCAACUGCGGGCUCCUGCUGCAGCUGCACACUCCCAGCGGCUCAACCAGAUGAU